AUGGAGAAAAUGAGUACCGGCACGCCCUGGCUAGAUCAGCCAGUGGCACUACACUCCUCUCGUGUCGAUAACUGCACCUUGUCCGAGUCCCAAUGCCAAUAUCGCAACUAUUCCUGGCGAUACUGGUACCAGGCGGAUCAUGUCUAUGCCCUGAAUACCGUCUACUUCCUGUGCGCCGUGAUUGGUGUGUUCACCAUCAGUAACGUACUGGUCCGAUGGUCUCCAGAUUGUAUCAAACGGACCUGGCCAUGGCGCACGUUUACCUCGGUCUCGCGCUAUCUGGCAUAUCGAGGAUAUCGCUCGAGGGCAUUGCGCUAUUGGUCUCCGGCGCUGGGGGUUGUCAUCUUGGGUGCCGUGGGUGCCGCCUAUUUCUUCGGCAUGGUAUUAGGUCCGCAGCCUUAUUACUGGCCGACGGAUGCUUCUUAUGGAAGUAGUCCGCCCAUUGCGACUAGAUCCGGGUGGAUGGCUCUUGCAUUGUUGCCUUUCGUAUUGGCAUUGAGCACAAAAGCCAACCUCAUCUCCGGCUUGACUGGCAUAGCCCAUGAGAGGCUCCAGGUGUUUCACCACUGGACGAGCUAUGCGAUGUUCGUGUUAGCAUUGAUCCAUACCUUCCCGUAUAUCAUUUAUCAUAUCUGGAAAGGAGAUAUGAUGCACCAGUGGAAGACGAGUAUUGUCUAUUGGACUGGAAUUGCCUCUCUCGUUUCGCAGACAUACCUGACACUCAUGUCACUUCCAUUUAUUCGCAACCGAUUCUACGAGUUCUUCAAGGCAACCCACAUCUUUGUAGCUGUGGUCUUCGUCGUAUUCUUCUUCCUUCACUGCGACUUCCGACUUUCAUCAUGGGACUAUUUCAUUGCCUCCGGUGCAAUCUACUUCUUCAGUCUGAUCGCAGGACAUGCACGCACCUAUUUGAAGCACGGAAUGCACACUGCAUCCCUGGAGCUCCUGCCGUGCGGUCUCGUCCGCGUGUUAGUGCCCUCGAAAAUGAAAUGGACACCCGGACAGCACGUCUUUGUCCGCUUCCUGACAUCAGAUCUACAUCUCUUGACCGCUCACCCAUUCACCAUCUCAUCUGCCUGCCACGAGGCCUCCAAAUUGGUUUUCUACAUCAAGCCCCGUGGCGGCGUGACAGGCCGACUGGGGGCAAUGGCAGCGAAAAGCCCCGGAUGCAAGAAGAAAAUCCUCAUCGAAGGACCUUACGGUGGAGUCAGCGAGUCUCACAUGGCUCAAUUCGAUACCAUCUUGGUGAUUGCCGGUGGCUCUGGAGGUGGAUUCUCGCUUGCGAUGGUAGACGAGGCACUCCGCGUAACCGGAAUGGGUGGUUCAGGGUCUGAAAAGAAAGAGCAACGACAAAACCUACAAGUUGUAUUCUCGACCAGAGAACACGCGAUGGCAGAUUGGUAUAUUGAAGAGAUCGAGACACGACUUUCCGAAUCGACUACGUUGGCCUCGGAUUCGGGCUUCGAGACUGCUGUUUCGGUUCAUGUGACUGAUCCUCGAAGCUCGGGGAUAUCAUCUGGAUCAGACGAUGAUGUGAAGGGCUCAAAGGUUCCCAGGGAGAUGACCACGACAGGAAGCUUCAGUCUGAAUGUUCAUCGCAAUGCGCGACCAGACCUGCCAGGUCUGGUGGCUAGAACGGUGGCUAUGGCACAUACGCAAGGCCAACAUCUUGGGAAGAAGCAGAGAGUCGGGGUCUUGGUGUGUGGACCUGCUUCGAUGUUGCACGAUACACGCAACGCGGCGGCAGUUGCGCAGAGUCGGGUGUUUAAGGGUGAGAUUGAAGAGCUUUAUCUGCACUCGGAGGCUUUUGUGUGGUGA